AGCUGACUGCCUGCCUUGGCUGUGCUCUUCGCUCCAGACAUAGUGCUGCUGCUGAAAAAAAUGCUGCUCUCUGUGCCGCCGAGGACAGGAUUCAACCCAUACAACGGCUACACUAACAGAACCAGUAAAAAGCCGACGUAUGUGUCUUCCAGCCACCAGAUGGCUCUACCCAGCCCCAACCACACCACCACCAGCAGCAGCAGUAACGGCAGCCUCAGCGCAGAGCAGCUGAGCAAAACUAACCUCUACAUCCGCGGCCUCCACCCGGGAACCACAGACCAGGACCUGGUCAAACUGUGUCAGCCGUAUGGGAAAAUUAUGUCCACUAAAGCCAUCCUGGACAAGACCACCAACAAAUGCAAAGGCUAUGGCUUUGUUGACUUUGACAGUCCGUCCGCGGCACAGAAAGCAGUGACAGCAUUGAAAGCUGGUGGAGUCCAGGCUCAGAUGGCUAAGCAACAGGAGCAGGACCCCACUAACCUGUACAUCUCCAACCUGCCUGUGUCCAUGGAUGAGCAGGAGCUGGAGAAUAUACUGAAGCCCUUCAGUCAGGUCAUCUCUACACGCAUCCUCAGAGACGCCAACGGCACCAGCAGAGGAGUGGGCUUUGCCAGGAUGGAGUCAACAGAGAAAUGUGAGACUAUCAUUCAACAUUUCAAUGGCAAAUAUAUCAAGACUCCACCUGGAGUACCCGUGCCCUUGGAACCCCUGUUGUGUAAGUUUGCAGACGGAGGACAGAAGAAGAGACAGAGCCAGGGAAAGUACCUGCAGAAUGGCCGUCCCUGGACAACAGAUGGGGAAACGGGAGGAAUGACACUGACCUAUGACCCCACCACAGCCUUACAGAACGGGUUCUACUCAUCUCCCUACAGUAUGGCCCCUAACAGAAUGAUCGCUCAGACAUCCCUCGUCCCCUACAUGCACUCUCCUGUUAAUACCUACCAGAUCCACAGUCCACAGUCCUGGAUGCAUCAUCAUCAGUCGUACCUCAUGCAGCCCUCAGGCCAAGUCCUGACGCCAGGCAUGGACCAUACCAUGUCCAUCCAGCCAACCCCUAUGAUGGGGCCUCUCACACAGCAGCUCAGCCACCUCUCUAUGGGCAGCAGUGGCACGUAUAUGCCUGCAAACACACCUAUGCAAGGGACCUACAUCCCCCAGUACACCCAAGUGCCUCAGACCACUGUUUCAGUCGAGGAAAGUGUCAUCCAGCAACAGGUUUCCCUGGAGACUCCCACAGAACACACAGGUUACUCCUAUCAGCUUAGAAAGUGAAGAGGAGGGACAGGUGGGAUAUACUAGAGUCUAUUUCCUGGGCCACCUGCGGUCCUGUACAGCUCAGCGCAUAGUGACUCUGGACAGAAGCACCAGACAGUCACACAAUGGACAAAAGGAUAUUUCAAAAUCAGAGGUUAUGGUAAACUCUUGAAUACAGACGAAUGGAUACUGUGAAAACGAACAGAACAUGGGGCAUCUAUUUUGACCACAGAACAUGACACUAUAGUCGAAGAAAGAGAAACCACACACAGGAUUUUUUUUUUGUGCACAUAUUAACAAAUUAUUUUCCUAAAUAUUCUGGGGAGUCAGAAUGAAAUCAGGAUCAUAAAAGUUACAACAACAUGUGUUGUCGAUUAGCUGUACUUUUUUGUUGUAAAAUAUGCUGAUUUCGUUUUUCAUUUCAUCAUGUUAUUUGUAAGCUUUUUACCUGUAUUUUUUUGGUAUAGAUUCAAAAAGUCACUAAUCAAAGAUGUUUUUUUGUUCAUUUCACAAUGCCAUUGUUGUUUUUGUUCAUUUCACAAUGCCAUUGUUGUUUUUGUUCACUUCACAGUGUUUUUAUUGGUACAUUUUUGACGAGAGAAGGCUGAACCAACUGCUUAAGUUACUUAGUACCAGAUAUGACACCGUCUAUGAUCUAUCAACUCAGAUACCGUUUUUAGCACUUGGGUCCCUAGUUGAAAUUCUCACAAUAAUCCUCAGAAUCUAAAUAUAUAUUUA